AUGACAAAGGUUGGGCAGCAUCGUUCGCGUUUUUUGCCCCAUGUUCACUCCGUUGCAGUUUCAAGCAGAGAGAAUGUCCAGGCAUUUUUGCCAUCUAAAACCCUGUACCAGAUUCUGGGACAAAUCGAAGGGGCUCACACCCAGCCUAGAACGGCUUCCGUGAGUUUCAUGGAAACUGUCAACUCCCAACUUCAGGAGGCACGAGCUGAAGUCGAGGAAAAACUUCGCUCGGCUAUCGACUUUCUGAGAAGCCUUAAGCAUAGCGUCGCUGCCGACACUGUUGGGUGGGAGAGAGCUGCCGCUCUUCGUACGUUUAUGGCGAGAACGGACGUGCAUAAGGCCGUGACAAAUCUACAGUUUCUCCAUGCCACUGUCGUACCAGAGCUCAGCGGGGUGGUGAAGAGAAUCCAAGAGGCGGAGAAACAGUUGGAGUAA